GGGCAUAUGCUUUGAAUGGACCAACUCAACCUCGUGAUAUCAUAUUUCCUCGUAAAUGGAUGAGUGGUGAAUUUAGAUCUUUUCAGAAGACUUGGUAUGAUGAGUUUGAUUGGCUAGAGUAUAGUGAGUACAAGGAUGCAGCUUAUUGCUUGUAUUGCUAUCUUUUCUUUAAUUCGGCAAAGCCUGAAAAGUUUGGUAGUUCGGUCUUUGCACAUCAAGGUUAUGUGAAUUGGAAAAAAGCUAAGGAUACUUUUAAUAACCACAAUGUUUGCAAGACUCAUGUAGAAGCUAGGCUAAAGUGUGAAGACUUUAUGAACCAAAAGACAAAUGUGGGUAGAAAAUUAGUUCAAAUUAGCAAGGAGGAAGAAAAACGUUAUGAGAUUCGAUUGACAGCUUCCUUAGGUGUUGCAAGAUUUCUCAUAAUGCAAGGGGAUGCUUUCCGUGGACAUGAUGAGUCUUCUACUUCCCUUAACAAGGGUACAUACAGAGAAAUGAUUGAUUGGUACAAAGAUAAGGUUGAGAUAGUGAAGGAGGCAUAUGAAAAAGGUUCUAAAAAUUGUCAAAUGUUAUCUCCUGAUAUACAGAAGGAUCUUACAAAAGCUUGUGCAGAAGAAGUCACGAGUGUCAUCAUGGAUGAGAUUCGGGGUAAAAAAUUCUCAGUGCUUAUUGAUGAGUCUCGAGAUGUAUCAAUAAAGGAGCAAAUGGCAGUGAUUCUAAGGUUUGUGAAUGAUGAAGGGAAAGUGAUGGAGAGAUUUCUUGGACUUCAGCAUGUUCAGAGUUGCACAGCUAUUGCAUUGAAAGAAGCUUUGGUCCGUAUGCUUUCAAGUCAUAAUUUGUCAAUCUCUAUGCUUCGUGGGCAAGGGUAUGAUGGAGCUUCUAAUAUGAGAGGUGAAUUUAAUGGGGUGCAGAAGUUGAUUCGUGAUGAGAAUCCUUAUGCUUUCUAUGUGCAUUGUUUUGCCCAUCAAUUGCAACUAGUGGUUGUUACUGUUUCAACAUCUAGUGCAGAUAUUGCAGAUUUCUUUAACUAUGUUCCUUUAAUAGUCAACAAUGUGGGUGCAUCUUGUAUGAGAAAGGAUGCUUUACUUGCAAAGCAUCAUGAUGUGUUGCUAGAAAAGAUUGAGAAUGGUGAGAUUAUGACCGGAAGAGGUUUAAACCAGUAAAUUAGCCUAGCUAGGCCUGGAGAUACUAGAUGGGGUUCACAUCUUAAAACUUUGCUUCGCAUUUUGGUGAUGUGGGAGGCUAUCAUAGAUGUCCUUGAGAUAGUGAAGAAAGAUUCUAUUAAACCAGCAUGUAAUGGUGGAGCUUUAGGUUUAAUUGGAAAAAUGGAGAGCUUUGAUUUUGUGUU